CAAAAAUGGUCAGCUCUAGCCGCCGAGUUGCUCGCAAGGCCCACUUCACGGCCGACUCGUCGCUGCGUAGGAAGAUUAUGUCUUCCUCGCUGUCGAAGCCUCUUCGUGAGGAGCACGGCAUCCGCGCCAUGCCCGUCCACAAAGACGACGAGGUCAUCAUCGUCCGUGGCUCCAACAAGGGCCGUGAGGGCCGUGUCACCCAGGUGUACCGCAAGAAGUGGGUCAUCCACGUCGAGCGCGUUGUUCGUGAGAAGACCAACGGCACCUCGGUCGCUCUCCCCGUUCACCCUUCCAACGUCAUGAUCACCAAGAUGAAGAUGGACAAGGACCGCCAGACCAUCAUCUCGCGCAAGGCUGGUGGCAAGGCUCUUGCUGGCGGCAAGGACGUUGAGAUGAAGGCUUAAGCGGCGGCAAUAGACUUGGAGUAGCAGUUGCCCUCUCUCCCUCUACCGUCCGUCUGUUUGUCUCGUCAUCAUACUGGGGUCCCUCGCCGUACUACAGCAUCAGCGAUCAGUCCCUUGACGUUUCCCCGUUUGUCGGGGACGUGCCCUUGUACCAUUUUUGACCUGCCGACCAAUGGCAUACCGUCUCACAGAUGCAG